GGCGUGACCAGCAUGGGGAAUGCCAGACCCCUCCAGACACACUGCCUCACACAGACAACAGCCACACACACACACACACACACACACACACUCUGCCUUUCACUGCCUUUCUCUCUCCUCACUCCAAAGCUCUGGACAAAGAUAAGCCAGCCGGCGUUGAGCAUCGCACAGCGCACUGCAAGCACAUCGCAAACCUCCUCCUAUUCCAGAGGCAUCCGAGGAGACCCCCCCCAAAAAAAAUUAAAGCCACCCCCAAGAGGGUGGGGGGAAAGAAGCCAUGAGGUGUUUGCUGGUUUGGUGCCUUUGUGCGGUACGGUUGUUUGGAGCAGCCACCGUCGACCUGAAUGAGAUGUUUGGACAAAUCAGCUCUCCCGGGUAUCCGGACUCUUAUCCCAGUGAUUCAGAAGUGACAUGGAACAUCUCCGUGACGGAGGGAUUUCGUGUGAAACUUUACUUCAUGCAUUUCAACCUGGAGCCGUCCUACCUUUGCGAAUACGACUACUUGAAGGUCGAGUCGGAGGAUCAAGUCUUGGCGACCUUCUGUGGGAAAGAGGACCGGGAUCCAGAACAGACCCCUGGACGAGAGCCAAUCACCUCUCCGGGAUCACGUCUGAGUCUCACGUUCCGAUCUGACUUCUCCAACGAGGAGCGGUUCACCGGGUUUGAUGCGCAUUACGCAGCUGUGGAUAUCGAUGAAUGCUUGGAGAGCAACGACGAGGAACUGGCCUGCGAUCAUCACUGCCACAACUACAUCGGGGGCUAUUAUUGUUCCUGCCGCUUUGGGUACAUUCUCCACUCGGACAACAGGACCUGCAAAGUGGAAUGCAGCAACAAUGUCUUCACCCAGAGAAGUGGGGUGAUCCACAGCCCCGAUUACCCCAACUCCUACCCCAAAAGCUCCGACUGCGGAUACCACAUUGUCUUGGAGGAAGGAUUUUUUAUUACACUCCAGUUCGAUGAGAGUUUCGACAUCGAAGAUCACCCUGAGGUCACCUGUCCCUACGAUUACAUUAAGGUCAGCGCUUUCGAUCCAUUGGAGCCACAACUGCAGCAGAGGAGGAGGAGGAGCUCCCUCCUGGCCGACGAUGCGGAAAGCGAGACCUUCCAGAUGGAGUGCAUGAAGGACGGGGUAUGGAGCAGCCGGGUGCCGGUUUGCAAAAUGGCCGAAACCGAACCGACCAAGAACCGGCUCUCGAUAAACAAGGACUCCGAUUCCGCCGCCGCAGCGGCCUAACCCAGGCGCCUAGGAUGCAGGGGGGGUGGUCCAUAGCCCCCUCAGCCUCCCUGUGGUGGUGGGAGAGACCCCCCCCCCAAAAAUAUGACAUUUACAUCAGGGGUUGUAUCA